UUCUAUAUAUUAGAUAAAUAAAAUGACCGAUUCAUAUUGGUCAAAUUUUCCACCAAAAUCAAGUUCCAGAUUGAUUAAAAUUACCGAUAAUGACCGGGAAAUUGAUACGAUUAUCGAUAAUCAUCUAUAUGGCCGUUCAAUACAGAUAUUUUCUGAAAAUAGCCAAUUACAACAACAAAUGAAAACUUUUCUCAUCAAUCAUAAUGAAAUGGCAUUUUUAUUGGUCAAAAAUCUACCUGUUUAUCUUUUGAUUCAAGAUGAAUUUAUUCGUACAUUUUGGAAUAAUGGUUACGUUCACGGUGUUUCGGUCAAUCGAGAUGUCAAUACUGAAAACACAAUGGCCAUUAUUGAUCGAAAACGUAUUAUUUUAUCAUUGAAUUCACAAACAUAUCAUCGAUUAGGAAUUAUUGGCACAGAAUCAACCAUGAAUCGUAAAAAAUGUUUAAUGCCAAAAUAUCGUGUUCUCAUUGAUUUGGAUAAGCCUUUUUUUCGGCCAGAUAAACGUCAUUAUAAACGUAUUGAUGAAUGUUUACGACGAUCUGGUUUAAAAUUCGAUGUGAUUCUAAAAUGGCAACCAAAUCAAAUGACAAAUGUUUCACCUGAUUCAUUGGAAGAAUAUUUUCAACAUUUAAAACAACAACAUAAUUCAAAUGAUCCAAUAAUCGCCAAAAUGACCAUACAUAAAUGUAUUCCAAAUUAUCAAUCAUUCUGUCAGAAAGUUGACCAUAUUUUCAACAUGGAUAAAUUAUUAAACAAUCCAAACAUUGAUGAAAAUGAAACUGCCGAUUUUAUUGAAUGGUGUUGUGCACAAAUGGCUCAUGUAAAAUGUGAAACAAACGAUCUAGAAGUAUCAACAUUUCAAUUGGAUCAAUCGUUAUCGAUUCCGAAACAUGGCAAUAUUUAUGUCAUACAAAUCAAUGGCUUUUUCAUUCACGAAAAUGUAAAGAAAUUAAUCCAAAUACUUAAACCAUAUAUUUGUAACAUUGAAAAAGAUUCUCACACAAAUAUGGUGAAUGCAAUUAUUGUACAUGGAUUUGAAAAUUGUCCACAAUGUUGGUGUGGAACAAAUAAUGAACAUUAUAAAAAUCUUUCCGGAGAAAAUCUAUAUGGUUUUAGCAUAUUGAAUUCAAAAAUGAAAUUAAUUUGGUGCCAAAGUGAUGAUUAUGAUUAUGGAAUAGAAAAAUUCUAGUCCGAUAUAUCGAUUAUAUUCGUACAUCAAUCAUCUGCAUACACACACACACACACAUGUUGCUCAAUUUUUCAUAUGAUUUUUG